UAUAUAUAUAAUCAUCAACAAAAAAAACAAAGAACUCUUUGGGGAAAAAAUCUGAGAAAAAUCGUACCCGAUUUUUCUUGAAAAAAUCGCUGAUUAAAUCAGAGAAGCAGUGAAAUCAUCGGCAGUAGACACAGAGGGCUUGCUGAUCCGUCGUUUUUACCUAUAAUUUCGUCGAAAAAGAAAAAAAUCUCUCUUCCUUAAGUGAAACAUGCGCUAGCUUUUGAACGACAGCCGCUUCGCUUUUGCCUUCCCGCUUCCUGCGUUAAAGUCAAAAGAAAACUCAGAAAGAUUCUUAAAUCCAGCCCCCUCAUUAGACACCCCAAGUCUUGUUUCCUAACAAAAAAAAAAACCUUUUGUUGUUGUUGACCCUCCUCUAGUCCUGCUCUGGAACGAAGGGAAUCGUAAUAAUAAUAAUAAUACGAAAAGGAGAAGAAACCAGUUUAAUUUCCUCCUCUCGCGCUUAGUUACUGCAAUAAUGAACAUUAGUUGCACCUAAGAGUCGAGCUGAGUUACUACUUGUAUUACUACAACAGCCAUAACCUUCUUCCUCCACAUUUCCCUGGAGGUAUUUUUGCACGUAAAGAGAACCGAGCAGGAGUGAUAAAUUCCUGUCCUCCCAACAGCAUCGCAAUUGACCCGGCGUACUACCCUUACUACACCUCCCCGCACCAGCACCUCUACCGCUGUCCGCCGCCCUCCUACGACAGCAACAGAAAAAUGGCCAUGGUUAACAUGAACAAUCUGCUGAACGGGAAGGAUUCCCGUUGGCUGCAGCUGGAGGUCUGCAGGGAGUUCCAGAGGAACAAAUGCUCCAGACCGGAUACAGAGUGCAAGUUCGCACAUCCACCAGCCAACGUCGAGGUGCAGAACGGACGUGUCACCGCCUGCUACGACAGCAUCAAGGGUCGGUGUAACAGGGAAAAGCCUCCGUGCAAGUAUUUCCAUCCGCCGCAGCAUCUGAAGGAUCAGCUCCUCAUCAACGGAAGGAAUCAUCUGGCGCUGAAGAAUGCGCUCAUGCAACAAAUGGGUCUCACGCCCGGCCAACCCAUUGUUCCUGGACAGGUUCCUGCGGUGGUGGAACCCCAGUACGAGUGCCUACCCCUGAACCUCUUCCCGCAACACCUCUCCAUAUCAGUAGACGAACAGUAUGCACUUAUGGCCGCCAAUCCGUACCUGACGAGUAUGCCUCAGGUGGGCAACACGUACAGCCCGUACUUCGCCCCGGGGCCCAUCAUGCCGACCAUCAUGGGUCCAGACCCAACGGGGGUCGCUUCCCCCCUCGGUGUAGUUCCUCAGACCGUCGUCGCUCCACAGAAGAUGCCUCGCUCCGACAGAUUAGAGGUGUGCCGCGAGUUCCAACGCGGGGCGUGCAAGCGAGCAGAGUCUGAGUGCCGCUUUGCGCAUCCCGCCGACUCUGUGACGGCCAACGAGGACGGCACUGUCACUGUCUGCAUGGAUGCAGUCAAGGGCCGUUGCAACCGCGACCCCUGCCGCUAUUUCCACCCCCCUCUGCACCUCCAAGCCCAAAUCAAGGCCGCACAGUCGCGGGCUAGCGCGAUGGACAUGAAAUCUGUUGGAAACUUUUAUUAUGAAAAUUUUACCUUCCCGGGAAUGAUGCCGUACAAGCGGCCAGCAGCAGACAAAUCAGGUGUGCCGGUGUUCCAGCCGAACGCGACAACCUACCAACAGCUCAUGCAAAUGCAGCAGCCCUUCGUGCCCGUCUCAUUUACUGGACACCCUCCCGGUGUGCCAAGAUUUUAAUCGUGGCCUCUGUAACCGGCCGGCCUGCAAAUUUGUGCAUCUACAGGAAGGAGAUGGGGUUGAAGUGGUGGAGCAGCGUGUGGCGGUGUGUCGCGACGCUGCGAAAGGGCAGUGCGCGCGCCCCGUCUGUAAAUACUACCACAUCCCCGUCGCACUGCCGCCCGCGCCCGUCAUGGCCGCCCUUGCCUCCUACCUGCACUAGGUGUUACACAACGACUAAACAAACAACCGAACCGUUUUUUCUAUAUAUACAAUUAUAUUAUAUUCAUCUACUAUUAUCUUAUAUAUUGUCUAUAUACAUAUAUUAUUAUUAUUAUUAAUAUUAUUAAUUAAUUAAUUCAUUGAUUGAUUGAUUGAUCGUCUUUUGUACACGUGUACAUAAAUACACACACACAAACAAAUAAUUUGAAGAAGGAAAAAAAUUGCAGAUCAAAAAACAAAUCUAACAAGUGUGUGUAUAUAUUUAUACACGUACGAGGGUACGAAUAAUUAACGUGUAAGUGAAAACCGGACAACAACAAAAAAAAA